AUGAGGUCGGUCACUCUCACAAAUGUCCCUCGCGCAGACCUCACAGUCGGUCGUGGUCCCGACAUCUAUCCUUUCUACGACGCCAACCUCGAAGAACAGUACAGGUACCUCAUUGCUCCUUCGGACGAAUUGCUGGCAAGAGUUGACGAGAAUCGACCUACAGGCAACGCUCUCGAGCGCUGUUGGCUCCACUCAAAGACUUCCACCUUUUCCUACCCCGGGCUCACCCAGACAUUGUACCUGCCCAUCCGUUGGCCCUUUGAUUCCACUACCGUCAUCGAUCAAGAUCAUGCUGCAUUCCGCACUGAUCGUGGUCUGUUGGACCCUGCCGACCUUGGUGAUCAGGUCGAAACUGCAUUGGGCGCGGCUACCGACACCGCCGCCAACAACAACAACAACACCAUCACUAACACGACCACCACCAGCAUGCUCAACACCGACAAUCUCGGUGCUCAUGUGCUCAAGCCCGAGAUCGGCAACAUUCGCACACGCAAGUUCUCUCUGAAACCAUCCACAAAACUCAAAGAGAUCUUGCGUGACUGGAGACGCUGCGCCAACGUCUGUUUCAACGAGACCCUCCGCUACAUCAACCACGCCAGGUCUCUCCGUGAACUCCCGUCCAACUAUAAGUAUGAUCUGUACGCACUCAUUUGCAACGAACAGAGUGCUUUUGUCAAGAAGCAUCCUUUCUUGAAAAACUGUCCUUCCCAGACUAGGCGCCAUGCAGUCGAUGAAGCUCUCGCCGCUCGUCGAUCCAUCAUCACUCGCUACUGGAACACCCCUGCCCACGUUCGUCCUGACCCUGAUCAGAUGCCCCAAGUCGGUCCAGCAACGAAGAAGAAGGAUAUGCACCGAGGCUUUGGUGUAUUCUUCCCAAAAACUUGUGGAUCGGUUCGGUUCCAACAGGAGGAUGCAAAAAUCAUCGACCUAUUCCUGUACGUUGCUCCCAAUACCGUCAAGUACAAGCACGUUGGAGGCCGUGAAGCAGACUGUCUGGUUCCGAUACAGCUCCGAGGUCAAGAACAGAGAAGGUUUUUGGUGGAUCGCUGUCAGCCAAUUCCAAUGAAGACUCAGAUCAAGUACGAGUUCAAGCACGAAUGGGGCAUACAGCUCGAUCGAUACGGCCGAUGGAACUUACUCUUCACGUACGAGGUUCCGCUCCCAACGUCCAUGGCUGCCGAGAACGAAUUCGAGGGACCCAUCACCGUCAUGACGGGCGAUCCCGGUGUCGUAACGCCUCUGUCCGUGUACGACAGCUCCAACGGCACAGUCAUCGAUAUAGGCAGCGCUCAAGACGGUGCAAGGUUGGAGAAGCUUCGUCGUGAGAAUGACAAGCUUCAAAGCCGCCGCUCUUCUCCAUCAGACCAAGCUGGGCCUCAACGUCGGCCGCCUCGAGACCGCGGUGCACAACAAGCUCGACGCAAACCUCGACAGCCUCGCCAGCCUCGUUCACCUCGCCAUCCACGCCUAUCACGCCAACCUCGUCCACCUCGCCAACCUCGUCCACCUCGUCUGCCCCGCCAGCGUCGUCCGCCUCGUCAGCAUCAACAUCUCCCUGCUCUCUCCUCUGCUGAGCGCCGAAAGCUCGUCAAACGCUCAAAGCGCAUCGGCAGGCGAAUCAACAACCUCGUUACCGACCUUCAUUGCAGAGCCGCCAACUUCCUGGCAACCUCUGCCGAUGUGAUCAUCAUGCCGCGCAUGGAGGUUCGCCAGAUGAUCGCUAGAAGGAGAAGCGGGCCUCGUCUCACUCGUUCUACAAAGCGCAGGCUUAUCGGCUGGGGUCACUGUGCCUUCAUAAGACGCCUUGCCAUCAAGUGCGUCGACGUUGCUGCCGACACGCGCUACAACAUACCGCACCCAACCAUCCUUCUCGUCCAGCCAGAAGCGUACACCAGCAAAACCUGCGGCCGUUGUGGCGAGCUCAACCACAGCCUUGGCGCCAGCCGCCACUUUACCUGCAGACACUGCUCAUACUCUGCAGAUCGUGACCACAACGGCGCUUACAACAUGCUCAUCAAGGCCAUCAGACGCAGCUAG